AUGGCAACGAAAAAAAUUGUUCCCCAUCGUUUUAUUCGUUUGAUUAUUGCUCAUCUUCUAUGUGCUAUUCAUAUGGGCCUUUCAAUUUAUGUUCUCUACAUGAUUAAGAUCAAAACACAGCUAUAUUUCAUUCCUAUGUUUGGAACGAUUUUAUUCGGUAUUGAAGCUAUAAUUUCUUUGGCAUGCUAUCGAUGUAAAGAAUAUUUUCGUGGUUUUUCGAUUCUUAUAUUUGUUUACGCGGCAACAAUUAUAGCGUCUAUAUGGGUUCUUGAACUGCAUCGAAUCAAUCAGCUUAAACAUGAUACAUGGAAGAUUGUUCCUAUAUUUUUUCCUGUUGCCCCUUAUCAACAUGGUAAUGCUGCCCAAAGGCCAUGGGUUAAUCCAAAAGAAAUUUUAAAAAAUUUCAAAUAUAUAUGGUCACAAGUUGAAAUUCAAGUUUUUCUAUUUCUUCUUCUUGUACUUCGUGCAUUAUUGCCUAAACAAGAUUCGAUAUCCUAUUUUGGUAAAACAGAUUUGUUAUUUAAAUAUUUUGCAACAGGCAUGGAUUCAUUGGAUUUUAUUGAUCUACUAUCUUAUCCUCAGCUCUAUAUAAAUACACGUCUCGUUUAUGCAACAUUAGUUGUAUGGUCAGUUAGUUGUUUACAGUUUGUUAUUUAUGUUCCUGAAGUUACUAAUCAUCGAUUAAAGGAAUUACAUUCGUUAUUAACCAAUUCUCUGCUUAUAACAUUUCUUAUGGAUAUUCCAUUUCUUGUUAUAAGAUUAUAUGCUAUAUUUGGUUGUGGUAGUCAUGAUUAUACAAGUUAUUUUUUUGUUUUUAAAAAUAUUCUUCUGAUAUUAUUGCAAAUAGCACGUAUACAAGCCAUUAUUGUCGAACGAAAUCUCCAUCGAAAAGAUGAAUUAGCUAAACUUACGUAUAAACCACAAUCGCCGUUUGAUACUCGAGCUAAACCACAUCAGUUAUCUAUACCAUUGUCGAAUAAUAAUAAUAAUAAGAAGAAGAAUAAAAACAAGAACUCCGGUGGAGCUAAAAUUAUUUAUACAAAUUAUGCGCAAAAUUAUCCAAGAAGACAACCAGGUGAUGGUAAAUUUAUCAAUGCAAACGGUUUUAGUAAUGUUUAA